UCAGAACUCCCCUUCCCUUUCUUCUCUGCUCAUUUUCGUUUUGCCUUUGUUCUCUCUCUGACAUAUCACAAACACUUAGGUUUCUCAUUGAAAAUCCAGCAUGGCAAGACCUCAACAGCGAUUCCGUGGCGUUCGUCAAAGACAUUGGGGUUCUUGGGUCUCUGAAAUUCGACACCCCAUCUUGAAGACUAGAAUAUGGCUAGGCACAUUUGAAACGGCGGAGGAUGCAGCAAGAGCGUAUGACAAGGCGGCAAGGCUUAUGUGCGGAGCCAAGGCACGAACCAAUUUCCCAUACAAUCCCAAUGACACCCAAUAUUCUUCAUCAACGCUUCUCUCGGCUACCUUGGCAGCUAAGUUACAUAAAUGUCACAUGGCAGCACUGCAGCAUGCAAAGAAAAAUGCAGCAAAAGACUUUUAUGCAACACAUUGUCAACCUUCUGCUGCUUCCGGCUAUGGCAUUUCGGGAAGCAAUAUCGGAGGAACCGUUUGCUGGCGGCAGUCGGAGAACAAAUGGGAAGGAAAUGAAGAAAGUCAAGGUGGGAGUGAAGAACAGUUCAUCCCAUUGGAAGAUGAUGGUGUAGAGCAGAUGAUAGAGGAAUUGAUUCAUUAUGGAUCUAUUGAACUUUGUCCUGUAGGUUCAAACUUAGCCUAGAAUGUAAGCAUUUCCCAUACGUGUUCAUGGAAUUACUUCUUUAAUAUUGAUUUUUGGUGUGCUUUUUUUUUGUAUUUCUUGGUAAUUUGUUAGAGGAUUAGAUAUAUGCUACAUUAUGCAAUGGUUGAUUUGCAUAAAGUAGUGUGAAUACAUUGAUGGAGUAAAGUAUUUAACAU